AUGUGCGGCAGGUUCGUGAGGCAGCUGUUGGCCGAAGAGAGCAGGCAUUCCACCAUCGUGGGGCACCUCCUGCUGCCGGUGCUCCUGGGAUUCCGCCUCGUGCUGCUGGCUGCCAGCGGGACCGGGAUCUAUGGCGAUGAGCAGAGUGAAUUCGUGUGUCACACGCAGCAGGCAGGCUGCAAGGCCGCCUGCUACGAUACCUUCCAUCCCUUCUCCCCACUGCGCUUCUGGGCCUUCCAGGUCAUCUUGGUGGCUGUGCCCAGUGCCCUCUACAUGGGUUUUACUCUGUACCAUCUGAUCUGGCAUUGGGAAGAAUCAGGAAAGGUGAAGGAGGAGACUCUGCUCCGCCAAGGGGAGAAGAGCAGAGACGAUGCUUCAGGGCCGGGAAGCCCCAGGCUGCUCUGGGCCUAUGUGGCACAGCUGGGGGUGCGGCUGGUCCUCGAGGGGGCAGCCUUGGGGGUGCAGUACCAUCUGUAUGGCUUCAAGAUGCCCAGCUCCUUUGCAUGUCGUCGGGAGCCUUGCCUCGGCAGUAUAACCUGUUAUCUGUCCCGCCCUUUUGAGAAGACCAUCUUCCUAAAGACCAUGUUUGGGGUCAGUGGGCUCUGUCUCUUGUUUACUCUUUUGGAGCUUGUACUCCUGGGCCUGGUGAGAUGGUGGAGGACCUGGAAGCACAAAUCUCCUCCUUCUAACUACUCCCCAGCUGCAGAGAGCACCAAAAAACACAAGGAACCGACUGACAGCUUCCCAGUGGUGGAAGCCAAAGAGCAGUUCCGAGAAGCAGAAAAAGUCUCAGCUCCCGCUUGGUUCUCUACUUUGCAGAGUUAUGAAGCCACCUGCCUCAACUCUGAACGGAACCCUACGAUUGGAUCUUCUUCCGCACAUCCAAAGGGUCGGGAACUGCUCCAGCAGCUGCGGCUGCAGCUACAGGAUCUGCUCCUUUCUAGCAUCUUAGAUCACCCCAAGCUGGCUUGGAGCAUCCCAUAUCCACAGACCUCCCGCGAGCUGAACCACCUAAGACACGGGUGGGAAGUCUCCUAUCCGAGAGAAUAUGUGGGCUUCGCGGGGGCAGGAGAAAAUCCAGCCUUUCCAAGAACUCAACUAGCCCUUGGGGUUGGAGACCGAGAACGAAGGCUGAAUGAAAAGAACGGACUUCAGGGAGAGCGAGCUUAA